CCAACUGCUGUUUAGAGAGAAAGCAGGUUUUUGUUUGUGCAGGAAUGUGCAGCUUUAUUUAGUUUUCUAAGGGGCCAAAAACCUGAAAACGGUGCAGGAUGUGGGCACAGGAUGAGGACAGUGCAGCAGAAGACUCUGAUGGAGAGAGCUGUCUGUUUUCUGAAGAUGAAGGAGACAUUCAGUGCGAGAUUCUGGAGAAGCAGAGGGACGAAGCCAAUCAGAAACUGUCUGAACUGGAGGAAGUUUCCAAUCAGCUGCUGAGGGAGAUGAACGUCCUGGAGAUCCAGUUCCAGAUUGAACGCUCCUGCAGGGAGAAUGCAGAAGCUCUGGCUCUCAAAGUGACCAAAGAGAACAAAACCCUGAAGAGGAGGAGCCAGAUGCUGAUGCCGCUCAUCCCCGAGCUGCCUGAAAACCUGCUCGCCGUGACUUUUGACCCGGAGACUGACCCCUCCGUUGCUGGUGACGUGGUCGAUGCUGGCGAGGACAUCAGUGAGGAGACGCUGCUGCUCGACAGUCAAGCCAAGAUCACAGAGCUGCAGGCGUCAGUGGACGGUCUGCUGGCUGAGAAGCUGCAACUGGAGCAACAAGUGGAGGAUCUGAACAGAGAACAGCUUCAGCUCAGAGAGCAGCUGGCUCUGGAGGUCGAGGAGAAAGAGGCCCUUUUGAAGAAAAUGAGCAAACAGGGUAGGACCAUGAAUAAGAUCAAACGAGUCUCCCAGCUUGUCACAGAGGAGUUCACAGAGAUGUCUCAGAAGCUGGAGCUGGAGCAGGGCCUCCGGCAACACGCCGAAGUCUUCGCUCACCAGAUGCUGGUGGAGAAGGAUGUGGGCCAAAGACAGAGCCUUAUGGAGACGCAGAGCUCGAAGGUGCAGCAGGCCAUGGAGCAAAUAUCGCAAAUCAGCCAAGCCCUGAGCGAUGUCCAGCUCUACUACCAGGACCAGAUAAAACAGAGUCAGCACAUUGUGGAGAAGAGCAGCGUCCGAUCUGAGCUGCAGAACCAGCUGGAGAAGAGCGAGGAGGAGAGAAAAACUCUAGAAACUCAGCUGUCUGAGGCGAACAGCUCCAUCACACAGCUCCAGGAAGAAGUGAAACAGUUACAUGAAAAACUAAGCCGAGAGGAUAAAAGUGAUGUUGAGAAAUCCACUCCUGCUUCACCGCCUCCUCCUCCUCCUCCUCCUCCUCCUCCUCCUCCUCCUCCUCCUCCUCCUCCUCCUCCUCCACCGCCCGCCACCACUGACAUCAAUUUGCUUGAUUUGCUGAAGAGCAGGAGGAAAGAUGGAGCCAGUAGAGAUGUUCAAAACAAACCACCCACUGCAGUGGACAUGAAGGCAAAAGCGGUAAAUGAGAUGAUGGAAAGGAUCAGGAAUGGUAUCGUCCUGAGGCCCUUCAAGAAAAUACAGGAGGAUGACAGCUCAUGGAAGGACCAAAGAAGUGAAAACAGAAAAUCAGCCAUCGUGGAGUUGAAAGGAAUGCUGGAUAACAUGAAACGUCAGCACCUCCGCAGAGUCCCAUCCAGGAGGGGAAUCGGUCGAAAUGUCGGGGAGGCAGAGCUGCUGCAGGUGCUUCAGAGGAGGAGGAGAGCGAUGGGAGAGAACCGGGACUCAAUGCUGGAUCCCCAGCCUGGUUCUCAGUGUGUCCCAGCAGCAGGAGACGCUCCCUGGGCAGGUGAGAGCGGCCGAGCCCCUGUGCUCCGGAGGCUGAAACAGAACAGGGAGAAGAGAGACUCUCGCAUCAGAGCAUCAGCACUGAUCAUCACUCAAGAAACCUGAAAUGCAGUUUUCUAAAUAAAACAGCUGGAUUACUAUAAUACAGUUUUAUAUAAUGACGAACCAAAGCUAAGUUUGUUGACCAAACUGUGCCUGUAUAGGUGUUUUUACUGUCAGUUUUACUCUGACUUGAAAGAAAUCCUCUCCAUCUCUGCAUAUUUCCAGCAUUAAUAUAUAAAUGCAUUGCC